AUGGAUAUAUAUUCAGGAGUCGAGUCUAAUGACUCAUUAAUAUCCGUACUGAAAAAAUGGUAUCCAAAACCCCCAAGGAAAUUCAGUUCUAAGUUAGUUAACGAGGUGCAUCAGAUCGUUAUUAAUGCAAACUCUAGAGAUUUAUACGAAAUUUUGCUUAAUACUUCAUAUUUUAAUAAUGUUUUAUGGCCAUUCUUUCACCAGGAUAUCACAUCGAACCAUAUUGAACUUUUAGUAUGCACCAUAUUGUACGAUAUUGAACAAGGCUAUAGCAAAUUGAUGGACAUUGUUCUAACAAAUGGAGAAACAUUUCAAGUUUUGUUCGAAAGAUUACUAAAUAUUACUAUUUCUCCUUGCCAAUUAUCGAAUUUAAGACUCCAUAAAAAUAUAUUAUUGUUUCUAAACCAAUUGGUGACAUUCAGAUUGUCCCAUCCUGUUGUCAAAAAGUCUUUAAACGGUUUAUUUAGCAUUACCACUUGGUCGAACUUGCAUGAAUAUCAAACCUUACUUAAAAAGAAUGACUUAGAGAAAGAAUUCAAUCUCAGGCAAGCGAUUAUUGAGGAUUGUGAAAAUAAGUCUGCAAAAUCUUACUUAAUAUUGAAGCAAAGAUGGGCUUAUACAGUCUUAACAAACUACAUGUCAUCAAUAACAGAAGGGGAAAUGAUAAAGCAUUCGGAAUUUAUCAAUUAUCUGGAAAGUUUAAUGCAAACCAUUAUUUCCUGUGUAAGCCAGCUACCAAUACGAAAUUACUUCAAUUCCCUAUUGAAAGGUAUGCAGUUUCUUUCAUGCUUUUAUUCAGUUGAUGAAAAUAAUCAUAGAAGACUAUUGGAAUUUGUCAAAGUUUUAAAAAAUUUCGUAUUUUAUCCUAUUAGUGAUUUUACAGGCGAGGAGUACCUUGAAGGUACAAAGUAUCAAGAGAACUUUUACGAAUUACAAAAAAUUAUAUUUGAGAGAUUCAGCGGUGUACAACAAGAAAAAAUUAACGACUUCAUUUUAGUCCCAUCAGUAUAUAAUUAUUCACCUAAGAAAUUAGAAGAAUUUCUUUCCAAUUUUGAUCUUGAGGAUUUAGUCGUCAUAGCAAAUAAAUUACAAAUUAUAGAUCAUAUCUCAAAUGAGUUCAAGAAUACAGACUUCAUAAAAAAUGCAAUUGCAAAUGAAGUUUUUACACCUGAAUAUAAUGUCAAGGGUUUGAGUCAACUUGUCAAUGGAUACUCGGAAGCAGAUAUAAUUGACGAGUUUAAUGACAUCUACUCCAAUGAAAGUUUAUUCCAACCUAUUCCUUUGCCACAAAUUCAUAAUACACAGUAUUUGUGCUUGGGAGACUAUAUUAUUAGAGAGGUCCUCAACUUAACGGCAGAUAUAAAAAGGUUGGCUAACAAUCAUAUUUGUCAAGUUUUAGAUCGACUUAAGUUAUCGUUAGACCAACAGAAUAACCUAAGAAUAAAAGGAACGAGUAAAUAUUUUUCAAAACUUGAAUCAUUAAAUGUUUUUGAUAAGUCAACAGCUGAGCUAACAAUUUCGGCUAACAAAGAUUGGCUAGAUAGUAUAAAACAGAAUGAUUAUAUAUUAUUGAUACAAUUGAUAAAACCAAAUAAAUACUCUUCACGCCAAAGAAUGGUAAAGUAUGGGUUAAAUAUGGUAAGGUUUAAGAAAGUUAUAGAGCUUAGUGGGAAAAACAAACAGAAAAACAUCCUAAUAGAAUGGAACGAAAGCGUUCAGUUAGAAAAUCGUUUUAACUAUGUCAUAAGAUUACCAGCAGAGACAAGCUCUCUAGACAGGCUAAAAGUAAUUGGUAAUGAUGUUGAUGUUGCAAAUAUUACAUUACCUGAAUAUUUAACUGAUUUAUUCUUGGGAAUAGAUAAGCCAACUGCUGCGCAUUUCAAGUCUCAACAUGAUAGGCCGUAUAAAUUGAAAAUUGAUUGUUUGAAUGCAAGUCAAUUGAAGUAUGAGCUUGAAAUAGAGAAUAACAGUAAACGUCGUAAGGUGAAUGACAAUCAAGUUUCUGCUGAUCCACCGUAUAUUUUGAAAUUUGAUGAGGAUGCUGACAAAGUAGCGGUCAAAUCAAUCAUUGGAGAUAAAUCUACCUAUCAGUUAAGUGAUGACCAAGCGCUGUGUAUUAUUCCUAGUGUAAGCACUGGAGUAACUAUUAUUGAUACUCCCCAGAAUUCAGACGGUCAUCUAUUGCAAGCAGUAAUUUAUAAUUUACAGUUAAACUUCCCGAAAGAAAGAACUUUGUUCCUUUGCCCUAAUGAAAUAUAUUUAGACCGAUUUGAAAUCGAAUUGACAACAUUUCUCAAGGUUUAUGCUGAUCCGGUGAAAUACAAUGAUAAGCUUGAUAAGUUAUUUAACACUCUAAAACUAAAAUUGGAACAAGUGGAAACAUUAUCAGAGUUUGUUGGCCUUAAAGAUAUGGGGUUUGGCCAGACGUGCGAUAAUGCUUUAUUGUUAUUUCCAAAGAUCAAACAAGCAUGGGAAAAUUUUUUACACACAGUGAAAAAUGAUAGACUGCAAAUUACUAAAUACCCGUUUAAGGACUAUUUUAAAAUAGAAUUAGGAGAAUCGCUAGAAAGUGACAUGCAGAAGAUAGUAGUGUCGUACAAAACAAUUACUCAGGUCUUUCAAGAUAUUCAGAACCUAGCGCCCCUUGUAAAGUUCCAAAAUAAAAAAGGCGAGCUUAUUAAAUUUCUUAUCCGCAAAUAUUGUCAGUAUCUACUUGUAACACCGGAGACAUUAAUUAGUCAAAAAGUUUACCAAACGAAGUUUGAUAGCAUUGUUUGCAUAGGAGAAAACAUACCUCAGUUCAAUUGGUUUUUGCCAAUGGUAAACAAUGCUUAUUUAAGGAGAGUUGUUGUACUAGGUGAUUUCUCACGUAGUAAUAAGUCAAGGUGGAGAUUUUUGGGUGUCCCAUCGAUUAAAUUGCGAAAAGUGAGCUCAAGACAAGAAUUCUUACAAUACUAUAAUUACGAGUACAAUAACGAAUUGAUCAGUGUAUAUAAUGGUGCAGCCGCAAACGGAGGAUUCGAAAAGACCCAUCAAAUUAUUCCCGUGGAUGUGGAAUCUAAUGAGUCAGUGAGUGUGAAUGAGGCCGAGUAUUCUGUCGCAUUAUAUCAAUAUAUGAGAUUGCUAGGGUAUCCCGCACCCGAAAUAUCUAUUAUCGCCAUGAAUGCGCACCAAAAAGUACUUAUAGAGGAGGUAUUGAAUGCUAAGUGUGGUAAGGGGGAAUCAAGCGAUUCAUCCCAUUUCAAGUUCGGCUGGCCCACGGUAGAAUUAGAUGACUGUUGCAACCCAAAUUCGUACCUCAUUAUAUCUUCAUUUGGUCGAAAGUAUCCUAAGCUACAGUGCUUAAAUGCCGCUACUAGCGGCCUCUAUAUUGUAGGAAACUACUCCCAGAACUCAUUUCCCAGGAAGAAUCUCACAGUGGUCAACGGUGAAAUGUACAAUAAGCUAAUUAAAAGAGACUCAAAACACCUAUACGAAAUCGUAGGCUAUGACCAUUUAAGACAAUACGUGGAUCAGAUGACUACUAUGAGAAUGAGUACUGCAAAAUAG